AUGCGAAAUCAAGGUGCAGCGGCGUCAGAUGACAUCGGCCGGAGCAGUUGCUUCUCCAUCAGCACUCCUCUGGCUAAAUCCGACGGCAGGGACCGUCAUCGGUGCCCUCCUUCUCGUCAAUACUCCCAGCAGCCGCACCGAGAUUCGAGGAGGAGGAGAGAGGGGCGCGCGUCGAGAUGGGAUGUGGGCGGCGAGGGGCCCAGUCGGGCGGCGGGGGACUUUUCGGAUCUGCCGUACGAGCUGCUGGCGAGGAUCGCGACGACGAUGGACGUCCCCAGCCUGCGUGCGGCGAGCGCGGUGUGCCGGUCAUGGAGGGAAGCCCUCGGGCCGCUUAGGGAGGCCAUGGUGCUGCUCUGGUCGGGAAAGCGCUUCAAGCACGGCCGUGGGGGAUGGCAGCGGGACCCUCAGAAGGCCCUCGACUCGUUCCUCAAAGGCGCCGCGCGAGGUUCGGCUGCGGCCAUGGUGGAUGCCGGCCUCAUGUAUUGGGAGAUGGGAAGGAAAGAGGAAGGCAGAGAGCUGUACAGGAAGGCCGCCGAGCUCGGGCACCCUACUGCUCAGUGCAACCUGGGAAUCUCCUUCCUGGAAGGUUAGCCCUCUCCUCGUCUCCCUCUGGCUGCUGUUUCCUGAUUCAUUGAUCAGCGUCGACCGGGUCAAAUGAGGAAUUUAUUCAUUUUGGUGGCCACAAUCACUCUAUGCUUCCCUUUUUUUCUCAAUCCUCCCAUAAGCUUUGAAUCGCCCCAAAUUUCCUCGAAUAUGAGAUUCCCAUGCGUAUACUUCUGGUUACACUUCCGAUUAUGUGAGGGAACUCAUAUAAUCAUAUAACUUGUCAUUCAUUCCUGCCUGGGUUCCUCUGUGUGUGUGUGUGUCUGUCUCUGUCUCUGUCUCUGUCUCUCUCUCUCUCUCUGUCUCUCUCUCUGUCUCUCUCUCUCUCUCUCUCUCAGCACUCACACAUCUGGGCACAGUUCUUAAACUUUUUAAAGAUGUACUCAUGAUUAGAGACACUUCUUGCAUAUGCGGAAGCACUUUUGUAUGAAGUGAGUUUUUAUUGGACCUGAGUUUUUAUUAGAUUAUGGCUGGCAAUAGAUGUUCGAGUCUUUGUAACUCUCAUCAUUGAACGCAUUUAUUAGACCUUAUUACAUUUGAUUAUGGAGGGCAAUCAGAUGUUGUAGUCUUUGAAGUGUCUUACCAUUGACAUAUUUGUAUUCUUCCACACGAUUCUUUUGUAACCACUGGUUCAUGUGAAGUGUGAGACAUUAAUAUUGCCAAAGACGAUGAUGUAUCUGAUUGUCCUGGAGUCGAUUCAUUUAUUUGUUUAUUUAUUUUCCCAUAUGUUUCAGCCGACCAACCCAAUCCCAAAGAGGCCGUAAAAUGGUUCUAUAAAUCAGCUAUAUCAGGCUAUCCGCGUGCUCAAUACAGCCUUGCACUUUGUCUACAUCAAGGUCAUGGGGUGGAACACAAUCCCAUAGAAGCAGUAAGUUAUAACGUUACGAUUGUGGAUUAGAUUCCCUUCAGCAUUCAGUCUUGCUUUUAUUUUCAAACUGUGUUUCGAUUUGCCUGCCAUGGAUCAAACAUGGUGCCUCUGAUUCAAUCCUUUUCUCUGAAUCCAGAAAGUAAGCUAAUUAAGGUGAUUUUUAUGAAUGUUAGAUGCCCAUGGUGAAUUAGCCUUGGGCGAGAAUAAGAAUCUUGGCAUGAGGAUGGCAGGUGCUGGAGAAGUCAGGAUCAUUCCCAGAUUUAAGAAGCAUUCCUACACCUAAAACUUACAAAGUGCCAGGGAGAAUUCUGUGUUUAUGAAGCAAGUAAAGGAUUUAUUUCCACAGCGAAAGAAGAACUUCUUUCGGAAAUUAAACAGCCUUUUGGUAUCUUUUAUGGAGAAUGGGUUGCUGAAAAUGUAUUAUCGUCUAGAGUAUGUGUAUUACCAACGAAAUUCGAUAGAAAAGACUUAAAGUAUGAUGAUUCGAUGAUCUUUGAGGAAGGUGGAGUAGGAGGAAGCAGGGCACUGCCUUUUGCCCCAAGCGGUUUAUGAUGUUCUUAUCCUUAAGGUACCUGCUGAAGAGCACGUUUGUUGGACUAAAUUAGAAUACAGUAUUAUCAAUCAAUCUUAUAUCAACCCUUAGUUGCAAGACGCAGAAACCCUUGAUUAGCAUGCACUGCUGGGCUCUCCAAGUCAGAUUGAGGAGGAUGGCUGCGGGGCAGUUGUUGCUUUAGAAGAUUCAAGAAGAUUCUAGAAGCGAAUGAGGGAAUGAGACUAAAUAUGGGGUGAAGAGAAUUGGAUUCGAUGCUUACAAGGAUUCUUUCCUGUCCAUGGUAAGUUAAAAGAGGGUACUCGUUGUUGCUUUGAUGCAGAAAGCAUAGAGCAACCAAGCCCUCUUCAGAGCAGAAGGCACAUGUACCCUCCAAAACAGGUGGUGAGCUCAUUCUCCCCAGGAAAGGGACUCCAAACCUCAACAACACUAACAUUUUCCUAAUUCUAUUUGAAUUUCAUUCUUUCCUUUUUCUCUUCCAUUCAGUUCGGUAGAUUAAAAAAGAUCUUGAAGCUGAUGGCCUUGUUGCUCAUAUUUGAGUACUCAAGAUCUUGAUAGUGGAGCUCCUUAGACUUCUAGUUAAUCUCCUCUUCCCCACUUGUUGCAGGGUUUUGUUCUGUUGGAGAUCUGAUUGGUGCCUUGAUAAUCUUAUCCUUCUUUCACCAUCCAUGAAUAUACUGAGUGAUUUUGGUUUUUAUGUAUGGUUAAACUGUAACUAAGUCCAUAAGACAAAUAUAUUUUGAAGGAAGAUCCCCUGUAAUAGCCUUUGUUUGGAACUUCUGAGCAAGAGUAGGGAGUGUUCCUUGCGAUAUAAAGUAUAGGGGAGGAGAGAAGUGGUGCUGAGAUAAGGAUUACAUCGGCUGUGAAUAAAUAUACGUGGCAUGAAAAAAUUCAUGACAUUUGUGUCUGUUGCUGAUGGGUUGUGCUGUUCCACAUAAGAGAAUAAACUUCUAAGUUCCUUCUUUGUGGAGAAAUUGUUUAAACAGAUCAAUGGAUAGUAUUUUACAAAAAUGGGCCCUUUUGGCAGAAGGAUUAGCUUGUUUCAGGUACAAUAAAGACAAUGCACACUUCUGAAGAUUCAUGAAAGUGGUUUCUGUUGCAGAUGGAUUAUCCUUUUCUGGGAGUUGAACAAAAGGCUCUAACCGUAUAAAGCCUUUCUUUGUAGUGUUAGUUUUAAAAAAUAAACGGGUGUUAUUUUAGAAAAGUAGGUCUCAUUUGCAUUCAUUAAAUACAAUAAGAACACAGCGAGCAGGUUCUGAGUUGAUUUUGGUGGUACAUUUUAGGACUUAAGCGCUGAAACUAAGAGUUUCUUUCCUCUUGUGUGGCAUCAUCAAAGUCUGUCUACUUGCUUUAUGUAUAAUCAUCAGUCUAAUGGAAAAUCUUUUAACCUUAACCUAAAUCAAGCACCGUCUUUUAUGAUACCAUCAAAGUAUGUCUUGUUUCAUGAAUAGUCAUCAGUAUAAUAUACAAUCUUUGAAUCUUUAACCUAAAUCAAGCACAGUCAUGCCCAGAAAUUGGAUAAUGUAUAUAAAUAUACUUCUGAAUGCUCAACACAGUCAAUGUGUCCAUAGUAUGACAGCAACUUUCCAGGUUUUCAAACUCUCUCUCACCCCACAUCUGACCUACUUGGAUCUUCUUUCUCUCACAUCACAAGCGUCAUGAGCUCUCCCGUUUUUGAAUUCUUUAGUGGAGAGGUGUAGUGAGAUUAGGAGUUUGCCUUUUGGUUGGGAGUAUGGCAGAAUCAUUCUGUCCAUCAUCUCCAGGAAUUUUUUUCUAUAUCUAUCUUCUGUUUGAUACCUCCAGUUUACUGAAUGACAAUGACGUGUGUUGCACUAUCUCCCAGACACUUGCACUGGGUGCUCUUUUUUCGGACAUUGGCCAUCACCAAUAAAGGGUAGAGUGGAUAACGGCUCAUGUCGAACCAAGGAUUUGAAAUCCCCUGGUUACAAUACCCAUGUGUAGCUCAUUCAGCCCACAGUGCUUGGUUUUCCAUUCAUUUUAUGUGUUGUGGCCCCAGCUUUGGCCUCCACUUGAUAAGCCUAUCCCCUUUACAUUAUUGUAUGUGGACACUCUCUUGGUGCUCUUGAUCAACAACCUUGUUAUCGGCAGGCUGGGGUGCUUAUUCUAUCUGCACUAUUCUGCCACAUCAUUAGCUUCAUGGAUCCGAUCUACCGCAUUUUUGAAGAUUUUCCCUCUUAAAAGAAGCCUGAUUACCAUCUUUUAUUUACUAUCAGCAAACUGCGAGAACAGACAGGCUGGGAAGCUCUUUGGCUGAAUUUCAUGAUGGACUUGGGUGGAGUUUAGAUUGCUGUCUUUUCACUGUCAUUUGGAUAAUAAUACUGGAACUUUUCUUUUCGCCGCAGGGAAAGUGGUUUCUGCGAGCUGCAGAGGCUGGCAAUGUCCGAGCCAUGUACAAUACUUCAAUAUGCUAUUCCACUGGCGAAGGCCUGCAACAGAGCCAUCGACGAGCAAGGAUGUGGAUGAAACUUGCAGCCGAUCAAGGCCACAGAAAAGCUCAACUGGAACGUGGCCUUGAGCUCUAUUCGGUACUUGCAGAGCUCUGCCCUGUAUUCUGCAUUCCCAUCGGCUUAUAGAUACCUUUCGCUUCUCCACCUAUUAUGUUAGCAUGAUUGUGUUUUUCUUAAUGGUUGCUAAAUUUCCAACUUUUUAUUGCUAGAAAUUAGUAAAAAGAUAAAAUUAAUGAAUUAUCUUUGAUAUAAUCCUGUGGGUCUCCUGAAUUUCCUUUUUAACGCUUUUAAAGCUGUUUUCUUUUAAUGGUGGAAUAGUCCCACAUUGAAGGUAUACAUGUACCUUCUCUACUCAUUCCUGACUGGUUUUGUGUUGGACACUCUGGUUCUUCAACGGAGCAUGUCAGGGGGUCUAAGAAUCAGUGUGAAAGCGGCGACUGAGUUGGAAUAAUGCUACAUCAAAGGGGAUAACUAAAUCAUGUAGUUAAAAUAAAGGAAUCACCCUACUCCUUGUCUGACCUGAUUAUUUCGGCUCAUUUCUUCAUUUGGGGGGUCUCUUCUCCUUCAGAAUUGACAGCAAAUACUGCAGCUAUUUCAUCAAUCAAUUCUCUUCCGCUGACUUUUGCAUCACUAAUUGGAUUCUUUCCGAUUAAAAAGAUAACAAGCCGAGAAAUUGACCCAUGGUCUCUAUUUUUAGUGAGGGGGGUCUCUGAAGAAUCGGCUCAUUCAAUCAACUCUCUUCCGCUGACUUUUGCAUCACUAAUUGGGUUAUUUCCGAUUAAAAAGAGAAGAAGCCGAGAAAUUGACCCGUGGUCUCUAUUUCCAGUCAGGGGACCUCAUGAAGGCGCUUGUCUACCUUGAACUCGCCACACGGGCCGGUGAAGCUUCUGCCACACACAUGAAGGAGGUAAUCAUGGAAGCUCUUUGCCCCGCAUCGAGAGAUCGUGCCAUCGCAUUGGCUGACAAGUGGCAGCUGCAGCAUGCUCAUCGCCACCACCCAGACUGUAAAUAUCCUUCACCUCUGUUGUGUUCUCUAAUUUCUCUCUUCUCCUCUCCAUUGAUAUCCUCAUCAGAAAACCUUCAUUAUCUCUGCUGGGGUGCCCUUUGA